UGGGGUCUCAUUGGGCUCUGCUCCCGUAUAAACUUUGACGAAAGGGAAAGCUGUUCUCACCAGUAAAUAUAUUAAAGGAAUUAUAUUGAGAUGGGGGUUCAGAGGGUUUUGUCUGUAUUUAGUGAUUUUUGCCGCCCCCUUAAUCAUUUAAAAUUGUUCAGGGGUGAGCACAACGUUCCCUAUAGGUAUAUACAGUAUAUAUAUAUAUAUAUGUUGAUUGUUUCAUUGCUGGACUGAGGCAGGUGUGAGAGGGGAAUUGUCAGCAGCUGAUCCAGUUCCCUCUGGCAGUGCAAGGGUUACAGUUUGCUGUGACAGACAGGGACCUUGCUUAACAGAAGGGAUGAGCCAAUGAGAAGCCAGGAAUGUCAUUCACCCCUCCCCCUACUCUCUGUGACCCCUCCCUCUGCUGCUGCUGCUGCCGCCCUAAUCCCCUGCCUGCCAGCUGGGAAACACAAUAGACUGGAGACAACAUUCCCUGGGCCCUGGGAGGAGAACUGCCAGCUGGGGCCCAAAGCAUUCUGGGAGCCAGAGAAACACAAAUCCGACUGCUGGGAACCAGACACAGAGAGAGAGGAGAGAGACAGGGAUCAGAAUCCUGGGAAGGCCACGGAGGACACUGUCAGGAUCCAGAAAAGCCAGAAGACAGACAGCUGGGAUCCAGAGAGACAGACAUCAGACGGCUGGAUUCAGAGAGAGAGGUAUUAGACUGUUGGGAUCCAGAGAGAGAGGUAUCAGACUGUCGGGAUCCAGGGAGACAGACAUCAGACUGCUGGAUCGAGAGAGAGCCUGGAGAUAGGGAGGCCUGGAGAUAGGGAGGCCUGAGGGAGGAUGCCCUGAGGAUGGAGGAGCAGGAACAGUUCCGUGAGUACCAGAGACUGGAGGACUUUGAGGAGGACUCCCCACCUGGAGAAGAUGAUCCGCUGGUGCAUGUGCCCGACUCAGUUAAAGAUUCCUGGCACCACAUCAAGAACCUGGACAAUUUCUUCACCAAAAUCUAUCAUUUCCACCAGAAGAAUGGCUUCGCCUGCAUGGUGCUGUCCGACUUCUUCGAGCUCAUCCAGUUCCUCUUUGUUGUCACCUUCACCACCUUCCUCUUCCACUGCGUGGAGUAUGAUGUUCUCUUUGCCAACAAACCCGUUAACCAUACACACUCAGGAGGUGCCGCCGAUCGCAAUAAGGUGACCCUGACAGACGCCAUCUUAUCUGCUCAACAGUGCGCCCUCAGGAUCCAGGAAAGUGGAUGGAUCAUCUUCCUGUUGGUCAUGGCUGCCAUCUUCUGGUUGUACCGCCUGAUCAAGAUGUUCUGCAGCCUCCUCAGCUACUGGGAGAUCCGCAGGUUCUAUAUCCGAGCCCUAAAGAUCCCCUCGGAAGAGCUGUGUAACUUCAGCUGGCAAGAAGUGCAGAGCCGUCUGAUCUCCCUGCAGCGGGAGCAGCCCAUGUGUGUGCACAAGAAGGAGCUGACGGAACUGGACAUCUACCACCGCAUCCUUCGCUUCAAGAACUACAUGGUGGCCAUGGUCAACAAGAGUCUUCUCCCUGUCAACUUCCGCCUGCCACUGAUGGGAGAAGUCACCUUCCUGACCCAGGGCCUCAAGUACAACAUGGAGUUCCUCUUCUUUUGGGGUCCGGGCUCCCUUUUCCAGAACAAAUGGAACUUGCAGCCCAAAUACAAACGACUUGGUCAGAGGCUGGAACUGGCCCAGGAUCUGAAUCGGACCAUUGUGCUUCUGGGCUUGGCCAACCUUUUCCUCUGCCCCUUCAUUCUCGUCUGGCAGAUCCUCUAUGCCUUCUUUAGCUACACUGAGGUCAUCAAAAGGGAGCCAGGAAGCCUUGGUGCCAGGCGCUGGUCACUUUAUGGGCGACUCUACUUGCGCCACUUUAAUGAAUUGACCCACGAACUCCAGGCUCGGCUGAGCAGAGGCUACAAACCGGCCACCAAGUACAUGAACUCCUUUGCCUCCCCACUGCUGGCCAUUGCCGCUAAGAACAUUGCUUUCUUUGCUGGUUCCCUGCUGGCUGUUCUCAUCGCACUCACCGUCUAUGAUGAAGACGUUCUGACUGUGCAGCACAUCCUCACGGCUAUCACUGUUCUGGGAGUAGUGGUCACAGUGGCCAGGUCCUUCAUACCAGAUGAGCACAUGGUGUGGUGCCCCGAGCAGCUCUUGCAGUGUGUCCUGGCCCAUAUACACUACAUGCCUGACCACUGGCAGGGACAUGCCCACAAGUCCGAGACCCGGGAUGAGCUGGCACAACUCUUCCAGUAUAAAGCAGUCUUUAUCUUGGAGGAACUUCUCAGUCCAAUCAUCACUCCAUUCAUCCUCAUCUUCUCCUUGCGCCACAAGUCCUUGGAAAUUAUUGACUUCUUCCGCAACUUCUCGGUGGAGGUGGUAGGAGUCGGAGACAUCUGCUCCUUUGCUCAGAUGGACAUCAGGAGACAUGGAAACCCACAGUGGCUUUCAGAGGGUCAGACUCAGGCGUCCGUCUACCAACAAGCGGAGAAUGGGAAGACCGAACUGUCUCUGAUGCAUUUUGCCAUCACAAACCCACACUGGCAGCCCCCUCUGGAAAGCUCUGUCUUCAUUGGCCACUUAAAGGAGAAGGUUCAGCAGGAUGCGGCCAAUGCUCCACCUGCCCAGCAGAUUCUGUGUGACGCUCCCAUUUGCAGCUCAUUCUUAUCCAAUGAGUCUGGCACGGCGCCAGAUAACCUAUUGGCCAGUGUCCUUGUCCAUCCAGUGUUGACAGCUAGUGGGCUACCUACCAGAGACCGGCGCUUUGCACAGCCAACCACAACUGCCUCUGCGGCAGCCAGCGUCCUUGCCUCCCUCUCUAUCUCACAGUUUUCUGGACGCCAGCCUGGGCCAACUGCCAGCAGCUCUAUGUACCACAGUGACCAGACCCUCCAGGAGGAGAGCAUGUCUCAGAGUGACUCCCAGCAGAAGAACAUGUCUCGCUCCUCUCUCCUUGCCUCGGAGUUUGCCUCUGCUGAGAUGAGUCUACACGCCAUAUACAUGCAUGAGGUGCACCAGAAUCAAGGAAUCACCCAGCGCCCCCUAGGGAUGUGGCAGGCGUCUGAGCUCUCACCCCAUCAGAGGCAGCAGACAGCCCAGAGAUCAAGUUCUAGGUCCGGAUAUCGGGGUGUACGACUCGGGGGUUGGGAAGAGGAGGAACAGCUGCAAGAGGUGGAUGAGAGGAGCCCCCUACAGGCACCUGAGGGACACAGCACUAGUGGCAGCAGCAGCUAAUGUGCCUUAUUGGAGCCACGUUCCAGACAGGUCCCCGGAAUAAGAGCUGAGGUGGAUCUGGACCUGGUCACAGACAUUCUGGGAGGAGGACCACUGGGGAGACCUCUUUCCACACUUGUUUUUGGGACAUUUUGAUGGAUGCGUGUGCUCAUGGAUGGCCGGUUAUUCAUCAUUUUGGGAGAAUUUAGUGUUUCUGACAUUUAUUUUUGUAUAGGUUGCAAUUCUGUGUCUCUGCCAGAAGGGGGGGCACUGGUCAGGUGGAUAUUCUGCAGGACAAGAGACUGGAGCACAAUAAGCUAAUUCCUGUAUCGAAAGGAAACAUAUUUAUUUACAGUGUUAUUUUUUAUUUGCUUGCGCUCAUAGGGCAUUGGAGGGAAGCGCAAGUUCUUCAGGGAAUGUCUGGCCCUUUGAUUCUCUAAAAUGUAAUUAAUAUUUGGAAUCAAGAAGGUUCCUAAUUCAUAAAGCUUUCAAUUCAUAAAGCUCCACCUUCUCACAUACAGUUCCUCCAAUGAAGGCCCAGACUGGUGAACAGUGUAGUGACCCCUACAGGAGAGUGGAGGAACUGAGCUUACUGUGUACCCCGUGUUUCCUACAGGGAACCCCCUUGUCACAAAGCUCUGCACAUCAUACUGGCCUGUACCACUGCACAAUAUAGAGGGGUCACUGGGAUGAGAUAGAGAAGUGCCUUUGGAACAAGAGAGAGAGUGUCGGACAGUUUGAUCCACAGGCUCAAUUUGGAAAGUGGAUGCAAAGCGGACUUUUAACUGGGGCUCCCAAAAUCCAAGGACCCCAGUGUCCUAGAGAAUGGCCUUAGUACUGAUUACUUUGUGUAGUAAUAUUAGAGUACACACCCUUCAUAUCUAGGGUUUCUACCCUGCAAUGCACCAGCUGAUGUUAAACUACAACUCCCAGCAUCCCAGGAACCCUAAGGAACGGUCACUGCUGCCUAAAGAGCAUUAUGGAGAAAAAUACAAACCCAAAUUCACAAUGACUUGCACUUUCUUCUCUCUCUGGUUAGGGCAUUUUCCAGGAGUGAUCCUGGGUUGCAGGUACCACAUGCACAGAUUGUGCCCAUUACUUUGUUAUUUUGCCUGGAAAUUAUAAGAACCACAAAAGAACCUUAUUGGGAUGGAGGGGUUCAGGCAUCUGUGCAGGCAGCAAUUUGACCAGAUCAAUCCAUGUUCCUACUAUGGUCCAGUAUCAUAGCUGGGGCUCAUUUACCCAUAUCCUACACAGUUACCCAUAACGCUCGCUGUGGAACUACCCAUCAGCCAUACUGGGAAUGCAGUGACCCAUCAAACACCUGAGCAUGAUAUAAAAUCCUGUGUGGGACAUUAGCCAAGAAGCCAUGAGAUUUCCCACCUUAUAUGAGAAAGUGAUGGAAGCCUCACUUAUCUAAUCUAGCAGUAUGUAGGUUCCCAUCCGUUGCCCCAUGAUGUUCUGCCCAGUAAUCUUUGCAGUUACCGACAAUAAUAUGUUAAAUGUUCCAGAUCCCAUGGAACUCUUGCAGAGGAGCCAUUCAUUUUGGAGAACCCAACUGGAGACCAUUCACAAUCCCAACACUUUAUCCCGAAGGUCACCAAAAACCAAUGGUACAUUGUUCCACCGUGAUGUCCAUCAGGGUGAGGGACUCUGCCUUAUAGCUCAUUUCAAUAUGGCAACUUCAUUUCUGUAAAGCAGAAGCCCAUAACCACCACCAACAUCUGGUCUCUUUCUGGCAAAUCCAAAACAAGCACAAGAAGUCUUGGACAAGAUCAUAUCUGACACAAAAUACUCAUCAAGUCUUAAUGUAUUCAUGUUGUUUCUGGGAAUUGACAAGUAUUAUACUGAGCCAACGUCAUGAUUCCCAUAGCAUCAAUGAACUGACCAACCUCAACGGGCAUGUAUUUGGGGUUCAAUACCAGAGGUACAAUGUGGGGUGCAGCAAGGAGCCGAGUACUAUACCCAUCAUGUUGUGUUGGCUAUUGUGUCUCGGUUCAGUGAAUGGACUUCCAGUGGAGGUGCACUAGGGACUCUAAAGCCAAAAACAGCUGUUUCUUUGAUAAAUGAUUGUUUGAGUUGCUGUGUGGGGGGGGUAUUCUGAUUACUUUGGUGCUUUGGUUUGAGGGCUGUACCAUUUCUUAUACUGAAUCUGACUGGUUCCAGGUUGGUUUUCUACAUUUUAAUAUCGUGUUGCAGAGAAAUUAAUGCCAAACCAAAAUCAUUUGGUGUAAAUGUGUCUCAGUAUCUCAUCAGGGCCAGUCACUAUUUGUAAGCUCUGAGGGAAUUUUACCAUGUAAAUACCAUGAUGGACAUUCUAUGGUAGUGUAGGCUGAGCAGAACACGCACUGAACAUAGAAUGAGACUAAUCCCAGUGCUGUGAGCAGCACAUUAUACUCGAUGUGAUCUGACUUUAUUUCUGUAGAGGCAAUGAAAUAACAUCAGUAGGACAUGAGAGAUACGAGGGACAGGUGGUUGCACAAAUGACUGGUAUCAAUAAGGCAUUGACCCUGCAGAACCUUGGCAUCAGUUUUUAGAUCCAUUCUGGAAGGAUGUUGCCCAAUUGUUUUAUUGGACUGGUGAGGAAUAUUUACUGAUAGAGCCACAUAUCUUCAUUCCAUGCAAACAUUCCCAUAGACACAGUUCCUAGUGUUACACCAGCACAUGGGGCAUCUUCCUUUCUAUCUCCUGCAGAACUGCACCAAAUUGCCCCCUGUUGCACACGCACUAAGAACUCUUCCAUGGGAGAUAUAAUAUUGGGCAUCUUCCUCAUGGUUUCUUUUGUGGAAAAUAUACCGCCAAUUCUGCCCCCUGACUUGUGGUCAUCAAGGAUUUUCCCUCUAGUCAUGGAAGACAUAAUAUUGGGCAGCUGAUGUUCCUCGCUUCAUCCCCUACUAAAACUGCCCCUACGCUCCCCUCAAUAACAUUGGGGUGUCCUGAGGCCCAAACCCCUGGGGAGAGCAUUUGUCCCAGAAUGUACACACACUCCUCAUAUGGAAAAUGGCUAUUUAGCAAAGCAGCUGCUUAUCACUAACAAAAUGAAGGGGGAAGAUAGGCUGGAAGUAUAAUGUGGUAUAUGGGACUUAAUGGAAACUAUAGAAAUGAUUGAUAGGAACAGAAUUAAGCUACAGAGGUUCUACAGCAGUGUCAGGACAAGGGUUAGGAGGUACCCAGUGUUUCCAAUGAACCUAAUCUACUGGAGCAGAAGGAGAUCUGGACAUUUAGAGAAGGAUGAAAAGGUGAAGGCAAGUGGUGGCUUUGUUAUUUUUGCAUAGGGCAGUUGGAAACAUAUCUGCCAUAUUUUUUGCCUGGGGUUGACAGAUAGAGGUGAACUAGUCACUCAAACUGGUGGCUAAAACCUUCUGUGGUGGGGAUGUCCCCCCUGCUCAUUGUGUUGGGGUGCACUACAAAUUCAGGCACCAGCCUGGAUCAUUUGCAAUAAAUGUUUACAUACUUAUAA